AUGUUGUCAGAGGAAUUCUACUCCUGCAUCUGCGGUCCGCCUAUAGCGGCAAACACCGCCGUCUCCAAGGAUGUUGGCAUCUACGCCCACUCGCUCAGCCCCAGCUAUUCUGUCAAGUCAACUCUGAAGAAAAGCAACACCCCGGCCAACUGCUUGGCUGUCAGUGACGCUCGCAUCUUUGCCGCCCAGCAUGAAAAGUCCCAGGUCCAUGUCUACUCACGGGCCCGGGGCAUCCAGGAGGCCGUCAUCACCUUCCCGGAGAAAAUCCGUAGCUUGGCGUUGAUCGACGAUGUCUUGGCGUUGGGGACUGCUGAAGGCAGACUGAUCUUAUGGGAAGCUGUGUCGUGCCUCGCAGUCACGCCUCACCAUCUGCUCACUGGCUCCGAAGAUUCCAACAUCCACGUCUGGACGUUGUCCCGUCUUCUCGAGCUAAACGCGUCUGUCGAAAACGAGCCGGACCGCACGCUGUCUAAUCACCGCGCUGCAAUUACGUCGCUCGCCAUCAGCCGCAGUGUCAACCCGGAAACCAGCAUCUGCGUCUCAGCCAGCAAGGACAAGACGUGCAUCAUCUGGAACUAUCAAACGGGCGAUGUUCUUCGCACCCUGCUCUUCCCCACGGCUCCGCUCUGCGUUUCCAUGGAUCCCUGUGCUCGUGCCGUCUUCGUUUCAUCCGAGGACAGAUCGCUGUACCUCGUCGAGCUGCUCGGAGACAAGCCGCUCAUUGGUCCGCGCAGCCUUGAAUCGUCCUCCACUGUCGUUCAGGUGAAUUCGCCGAUUGGAGUCGCAGAUGAAGAUGCUGGCCCGGCUUCGUGCUUGGCACCAAACCAUGACGGCACGACGGUCCUGUCGGGUCACACCAGAGGCAAGAUAUUGCAAUGGCAGUUGACCGAAAACGGGCACCCGACAGAGCUGGCAGACCUCAAUGCCUCUGUGACAAACCUCGCGUUCCCCCCGCUGCUGCAAGCUGCGCAGUCCACAAAACCUGCUGCAGUUAUCAAGCCGAGCCAGGCCGAGCGUCAAUACACAUUCGCGUCUCAACUGAACACUGAGAUGCAGCAAGAGACGAGGUUCCAAAAGAUGCUCAAUGGCCACGGGUUGCCCAAUGAUGUUCUCGAAGCCGCCAUUUUGUCGUUUCAAGAGCCUCCUGCGCAAGCUUCCGAUGAGGCUGGCGAUGCGGAAGUUCAGAGAGAAACGGACGAGUUAUGGGAGAUUAUCAACGAGCAACGAGCGCUGCAGAGGCUGACAAUGCAGCCGUACGUCGAGGCCAACUCGUCCCGUUCCUGA